AUGAGAGGUACCACGCGAGUCUCAGUCAUGCUCCUCCUCGUGACUGUGUCCGACUGUGCCGUGAUCACAGGGGCCUGCGAGCGGGACGUCCAGUGCGGGGCGGGCACCUGCUGCGCAGUCAGCCUGUGGCUGCGUGGGCUGCGGGUGUGCACCCCGCUGGGGUGGGAAGGAGAGGAGUGCUACCCCGGCAGCCACAAGGUCCCUUUCUUCAGAAAACGCCAGCACCACACCUGCCCCUGCCUGCCCAGCCUGCUGUGCUCCAGAGGCCGGGAUGGCAGGUACCGCUGCUCCACUGACUUGAAGAACAUCAACUUGUAG